AUGAAGAAUAAUAAACAAAAACAAAACAAGAAGAAGCAACCAGAUAAAAAAGAGGAAAAGAAAGAAAACGAACAGAAGGAGGAAGAGGAGGAGAAACCUAAUGUCGUUACGUCUUUGAUAAAGGAAGGCAGUUUAAUCUUAGAACUGAUAACUUUGCGAGACGAUGGAACGCUCCAUGCUGGAGAUUUAGUCAAAGUUUCUGUAAAAUUACAGCUAACCAAACCUUUAUCAGUAAAAGAAUUCAAGAUACAUCUACGAGGGUAUAUAAAGACACGCUGGACGGAUACUGUCGGGCCAAAGAAAAAAUUAACAUAUGGAGUUCACAAAGACGUAGUGAAACUGGAGGAAGACAUCAAAAGUUCGAAUCUGAAACCUUCUCAAGACGGCUCGCUAACAUUUGGUCAAGGGUUCUAUUUCCUGCCUGUAAAAUUCGAUCUCCCUCCUGACGUUAUGCCGUCGUUUGAGAGCAACAGAGGUUUCGUCCGUUAUUACCUGUCUGUUAGAGGUAUCGUGGAGGAUAAACCUAUACUAUUUCACCUUCAGAAGAUCAAAGUCAUCGUUCCUUUAGAUCUUAGCAAGGAUCCGCUGAAUAUGAUCCCGUUACGGUUUAUAGAGCAUCAGGAUGUAGUUGCAUGUUGUUGUUCUGCCGGAAAGCUGAAAGGAAGAUUUCAAGUGGACAGGAGGGCCUACAUCCCUGGCGAGUUUAUCACAUUGACGGCUAUGAUCACAAAUCACACCAAAAAACAGAUGAAAUACACGAAAUGCUCACUGACUCUGAAAAUGACUUACAUAAAAGACAAUUGGACGCAGAAGUGUAAAAAGACAGUUUUGGCAUUCCAAAAGCAUGGUCCCACAAAAGCAGGCGAGAUCGAUUACUGGGAGGACGUCCAGCUGAAAAUACCAAGUCACAUGCCACCAGCCCUGCUCAACUGUAAAUAUAUACAGGUCAGGUACAUACUGAAGAUUGAAACAGAAAUGGCGUGGUCAUUCCCAUCAAAACAUACCCUGUUCAACAUUGUCUUACCAGUGGGACAUAUAUCUGCUAAACCGCCUGAGGAAAACGAGGAGAAUGAAGGAGAGGGUGACGGAGACAACAGUAAAGGAAAAGUAGACGAACUGAUUGAACUUGAGGUUUAG